UUCAGAAGUCGAACCGAAAAGACGUCUUGAAUUUGUUAUUUUCUUCUUUUUUUAACACACACGUUACUCACACACUUCGUCUCGUACGUGUCUGCAGCAGAGCAGAGCAGAGCAGCGGGAGCUGCACACACAAAUUAGAUAAAAAAAAAUAACACACAACCGAGACUCAACUCAAAGUCUUGCGCUGCGGCUGCGCUCAGAACUCGUGUGCGCGUCAACGUGAAAGCAUCUGCGGCGCGCUCCGAAAAAACAUCAAAAUAAAAUAAACAAACACAAUAUAAAUAAAAUACAAAAAUAUACAAACACUUAAAGGUGCAUAUAUUUUUUUUUUCUUGGAUACUUAAUACAAUUACUUCAAAUAUUUAUUUUAAUUUUUUUUUUAAACAACAAUUGCAAAACCAAAGAGAAAAAGUGUAUCAAAAAGUGCAACUAAAACUAAAUUAAUGAAAUUAAAUAAAUAAUUAAACAACCAAGUGACUUCAAGUGACCAAGUGAAACCACAACAACAACAGCAACAAGAGCUACAACAACAACUGCAGCAGCAACAACAACAAUUUCAACAACUACAGCAACAACUACCAAAAAAAACACGGCUACCAAAAAUUCGAAUGCCGCCGCCAAAUUGUUCAAAUAACCAAAAACAAAACAAAGUCGUUAACGAUCUCAAUUAGCCAAGUUUUAGCAGCCAAGUUCAUAAGCAAAGCAAAACAAAGCAGCAAAGAUGCUGGCCACACAACAACAACAACAGCAACAACACACAGCGACAGCAGCAACAGUUGCUGCCGCAGCGGCAGCAGCGGCAUCUGCAACAGUUGCCCACAGCGAUGAUGGGCAUAGCUUUGAUGGAGAGCGACAGCGACGUGAUUCGACAACAUCGGAAUCAUCGUUGGAGCAUCUCGAUUUGGGACGCACACCAAAGAAGCUGAGCAGCAGCAGCGGAGCGCCGCAGCCGACGUCGACGCCACACGAGACGUCAACGUCGACGGCGACGUCAUCACGCAAACGCAAAUUGCGACAGCAACAACAACAACAACAGCAGCAACAAAUGUCCGAUGAAGAGCAAGAACAACAACAGCAGCAGCAACAAAUGCAGUUGGAGACAACUGCGCAGCGACUGCGACACAAGCAGCGACGCAACGUCGCAGCCAGCGCCAGCAUCGUUGUCGAUUACAGCGCCAGCGGCGAUGCGAGUUCGCUGCGCAAAAAGUUUCGUCUCAAUCGCAGCAGCAGCAGCGCAGCCGCCAAUGGCGAUCUCUCCGAAUCGGGCUUCGUCGAUGGCAGCAGCGCCAACAGCGGCUAUUUGCUCAGCAGCAGCAGCGGCAGCGGAAGUAGCAGCGCAGUCGCUGCCGCCGCCGCAGCAGCAGCCGCAGCUGCAGUUGCAGCACAGCAACAGAUGUCGUCGAGCAGCUCGGGCGGUUCAUCGCCUCAAGGCGGACUGAGCUUGUCGAGUGCCGAGUCCGGCAUCGGAGCUGGCGAUGAGCACAUGAAAUACUUGUGCCCCAUCUGCGAGGUUGUUUCGGCCACGCCCCACGAAUUCACCAAUCACAUACGCUGCCACAACUACGCCAACGGCGACACCGAGAACUUCACCUGCCGCAUCUGCUCAAAGGUGCUGUCGUCGGCCUCGUCGCUGGAUCGUCACGUGCUGGUGCACACUGGGGAGCGACCCUUCAACUGCCGCUAUUGCCACCUGACAUUCACAACGAACGGCAACAUGCAUCGUCACAUGCGCACACACAAACAGCAUCAGCAACAGUCGCAGUCGCAGUCACAGUCACAGUCACAGCAGCAGCAACAGUCACAGUCGCAACAGCCAUCCGCACAGCAGCAACAGUUGCACUCACAGCAGCAGCCACAUCAGCGACGUCAGCAACAUGCGGCAACAGCUGCAAGUGGAGCGCAGAUGUCUGCGACAGCAUCGGGACGAGCGGAGAGCUAUGAAAGCGAUGCCAGCUGCUCGACGGAUGUUUCGAGUGCAGCGAGUCACAGCAGCAGCAACAACAGCAGCCACAGCAGCCAACGUUCCCUCCACAAUAACAACAACAACAACAACAACAAUAACAGCAAGUUGAACAACAACAAUGAGCUAGACUUGGAGUUGGACAACAAACAGCGACGCCACAAGCUCAUCAACAUCAACAACAACAACAUCGCCGAAGAUCAAGAUGAAGCGGUGGAGCAACCACAGCUGAAAUCCGAAGCCGAGCACGAUGAGGAUGAAGAUGAGAAUGUGGACAGCGAAUCGGAAGUGACGCAAGUCAUCACAAGCACUCCCGAUGUGGCCACAUUGCUGGCGAGUUCCUCCCGAUCGGGGGGCACAACACCGACGCAGUUGCUCAGUUGUCCCGCCUGUGCGGCGGAUGAUUUCGAAUCGUUGCCUGCACUCUGCCAGCAUCUGGAUGCCCAGCAUGCGGAUAUACCGGCGAAAUGUCGCGAAUGUGAUGUGAUCUUUGGCAGCCAUCGUCAGCUGCAAACGCACAGCUGUCGCAUGCAAAUGUUGCCGCUCCUCGGCGCCAGCUCAUCCCCAUUGCACAAGCAGGAACAUGACGACGAUGUCGGAGAUGAGGACGUUGAUGAUGAGGAAGUCGCUCCAGAUGAUGAUGAUGAUGAUGCGGAGGCAACAGCGCAGCGACACAGCGAACGCAAUGACUUCUUUCAGCAACUGUAUCUCAAGGGUAAAUCCUCAGCGUUGGCACAACAGCAACAGCCCUCGUUGCCUUCGCCGAUCAAACACGAACCCCCGGCGAAUGCGAAUGAUAGUCGACAGGAUUUGGCGGACAUUCAAAGCAUUCUGAACAUGACCAGCUCCAGUUGCACCUCGAGUUUUUUGCGCAACUUUGAGCAAUCGGUGAACACUCCCUGCUCCAGUCAAUACAGCCUGGAUGGUCGGGAUGGCGAUGAGGAGGCGCAGGAUGCAUUCACCAGCGAAUUCCGACGCAUGAAACUCCGCGGCGAAUUCCCCUGCAAGCUCUGCACCGCUGUUUUUCCCAAUCUUCGUGCGCUCAAAGGUCACAAUCGUGUCCAUCUCGCUGCCGUGGGUCCCGCAGGUCCGUUCCGUUGCAACAUGUGUCCCUAUGCGGUGUGCGACAAAGCAGCUCUGGUGCGUCACAUGCGCACCCACAAUGGAGAUCGUCCGUAUGAGUGCGCCGUGUGCAAUUAUGCGUUCACCACGAAGGCGAAUUGUGAGCGACAUUUGCGCAAUCGUCAUGGCAAAACGAGUCGCGAGGAGGUGAAGCGUGCCAUACUCUAUCAUCCCGCCGAGGAUGCCAGCUGCGAGGAUGCCAAAUCCUCUGGACAACAGGAGCUCGCUGAGCUCAGUUAUCGCUCGGCAACGCCGCCGCUACCGACGACAUCGGAGUCAACGAGUUCCCAGCUGAAGCACAUGUUACUCUCGGCCGAAGCACCGAAGAUACAGGUGAAGAGUCUCGAUCAGUUGGUGGAGAAACCAACGGCAGCCAUGGAUCUCAACAUGGAUGUGCUCGAUCUGAGCAAGAAGCCAACGCUGGCUCAGGAGUUGCUCGAGCAGCGCGAACGUGAACGGGAGCGGGAACGAGAGCGAGAACGUGAACGGGAGCGUGAGCGUGAACACGAAUUGCUGCUGCAGCAGCAGCAACAGCAACAACAGCAACAGCAGCAGCAACUCUUUGGCGCUGGCGAGGCAGCCACACAGUAUAUGCAGCAAUUGUUUAGGAAUCUCAUGUUCCAGCAAUCCCCGGGAUUUCCCUUCUUCGGUUUCAUGGCGCCGCCCAACGCAGCAGCAGCAGCAGCCGCAGCAGCAGCCACACCUGAUAAGUCUAGCUCUACAACAGCAGCAGCCACAACUGGCACGCCCCUUGGACUGCCACUGCCCCUCCCGAAUGUGGGCGUUCCGGUGCCAGCCGGCGGACCCGUCAAGAUGGUCAUCAAGAACGGAGUGCUGAUGCCGAAGCAGAAGCAGCGUCGCUAUCGCACCGAACGUCCCUUUGCCUGCGAGCAUUGCUCGGCGCGUUUCACGCUCCGCUCCAACAUGGAGCGUCAUGUGAAGCAACAGCAUCCGCAGUUCUAUGCUCAGCGUCAGCGCAGCGGACAUCAUGUGAUGCGGGGACGUGCCGCGUCCUCAAGUGCCGCAGCCGCAGCAGCAGCAGCGGCGGCAGCAGCAGCCGCAGCAGCCAUGUCCAAUCUAAGUCAACAGCAGCAGCAGCAGCAACAACAUUCGCAUCAUCCACAUCAUCCGCACAUCUCGGAUCAGGUGAAGUACGCGAUACUCGCUCAGCAGCUGAAGGCCCGCAAGGACACGGAUCUAUUGCAGCAGGCGCUCGCUCAUGGCUCCAGCAGCGUGGUUGGUGGUGUGGCCAACGCCAGCAAUCCGCUGUUGCACUUUGGCUACAAAGCUGCGAACAGCAAUGGCCAGAGCAACGGACAUCAUGCCGCGACGCUCAACGAUGACGAUGAACCGCCGAAGCUGAUCAUCGACGAGGACGAUGAGGAUGAGUUCGAUGAGGUGGAGGAUGAGGAUGAUGAAGACGAUGUCGAGGAGGAGUUAGAUGAGCAGGAGCAACAGCCACAGCCAUCGCAACAACAGCUGGAGGAUCAGACUGAACCCGAGCUCAUCGAGGAGUCGACGCCCCGCAGCUCUACGCCCAUUGAGGCAGCCAAAAAGGUGGCCGAGACCAUACUCGAGCAGGCCAUCAAGGCAGGCAAAUCCGACACAGCGGCGCUCUCCAAGACUCCAGUCUCAGCCACUCCCACCCCCUCAACACCUCCCGCACCGCAUUCGAUGAAAACCCUAAUAGCCCAAGCCGAGUCAGUAGCCAAAUCGCUUAAGGAUGUGGCCAGCUCACCGUUCAAAGAUGAAUCUCAGGAUCUGGUGCCGGUGUCGAAGCUAGUCGAUAAUGCCACCAGCAAUCAGGUGUCGUUCAACAGCUACUUUCGUCCCAGCGAUGUGGCCAAUCACAUGGAGCAGAGCGAUGAGGAGGGCUUAGUUGCCUCCGGCAGUGCCUCCGAAAGCAACAAUUCCGGCACCGAAGAUGUGACCAGCAGCAGCAGCAAUGAACCGAAAAAGAAGUCCGCCUACAGCUUGGCCCCGAAUCGUGUCAGUUGCCCGUAUUGCCAACGCAUGUUCCCCUGGAGCAGCUCGUUGCGUCGCCACAUCCUUACACACACCGGCCAGAAGCCGUUCAAGUGCUCGCAUUGUCCGCUGCUCUUCACCACCAAGAGCAACUGUGAUCGCCAUCUGUUGCGCAAGCACGGCAACGUCGAGUCCGCAAUGAGCGUCUACGUUCCCACCGAGGAUGUUAGCGAACCGAUACCGGUGCCGAAGUCCGUUGAGGAGAUCGAAUUGGAGGAGCAGCGACGUCGCAAGGCUGCCGAAAUCGAGUUGGAACGUGAACGUGAACGCGAGCGGGAAUUGGAACGUGAGCGGGAACGGGAACGCGAAAGGGAGCGUGAACAGGAACUGGAGCGUGAACGGGAGCGACGUCAACUGGAGCAGGAGCGUGAACAGCAGCAGCUGAUACAACAGCUAGCGGCAGCAGCUCAGCUCAGUCAGCAAAUGGCCGCAGCGGCAGCAGCAGCCGCCGUCCUCAAUGGGGAGAAUGCAAGCUCAACUGCUGCAGCUCCGGGUGCAGGCGAGGCACAAGGCAGCGAUUUACCCUACAAGUGUCAUCUGUGCGAAUAUUCGUUUGCGGAGCGUUUGCAGUGCUUGGAUCACAUCAAGCAGCAGCAUGCACAGGAAUUUGCUCUGCUCCUCGCCAAGGGCGCCAUCGAAACCGAGAGCGGAGAUCAACAACAGCAACAGCAGCUGCCUCCUCCUCCUGCUCCCGCUUCCGAUGAGGAAAACAGCACCACAAAUCCGUCGUCACGCAACAAAUAUCCCGACUACAGCAACCGCAAGGUGAUCUGCGCCUUUUGCGUUCGUCGCUUCUGGUCCACCGAGGAUCUGCGUCGUCACAUGCGAACCCACUCCGGGGAGCGUCCCUUUCAGUGCGACAUUUGCCUGCGCAAGUUCACGCUGAAGCACAGCAUGUUGCGGCACAUGAAAAAGCACAGCGGACGCAGUCACAACGGCGAACAGGGACAAUCCGAUUGUUCCGAUGAUGAGCAGAGCGCUCUGAAUAGUCCGCCCAGCACUCCUACGCCCACGCAUAACAACAACAACAACAAUAACAACAACACCAGUAACAACAACAACAACAACAACACUUGCCACAACAACAACAACAAUAACAAGCAGAGCUUGCGUCUGCCCAAGUUGCAUGAGCUCCUGGACAAGGCGAACGAAUGGCGCGAAAGUCAUCUCGGUGAGCACAAGGAAAACAUCGGCGAAGCCAGCAAACCUUCCUCUGCUGCUUCUGCAGCUGCAGCUGCGGCUGCUGCCGCCGCGGCGGCUGUGGCCAGCGGUGAUCUGAUUGGCAAUCUGCUGGGCAUCAGCGAUCAGGGCAUUCUCAACAAGUUGCUCUCCUCCGCUGACGAAGCAGCCAAGCUUCUGGGCGUCGACAAGUAAGCGAAAGAAGGAGGGUGCAAGCGAUGACCGCUGGGGUAAACUAACCCCACAAAACGUUGCCAGAUACAACAUAUACUAACAAUAUAUACUAAAAAAAAAGAAGAAAACUAACACCACAC